CACUCAUUCAUCCGAUUAUGCAUUCAUUUCACACUCAACACAAUCAAUUGAACCAUUGAUUCAUACGGUUAUCAUUUGACGUGAGGGUGCGGUGGAGGUGUGGUGACCAGUGAUGUACUUAUACAACCUAACCCUCCAGAGGGCGUCUGGUGUGGUGCAUGCAGUUCACGGCAGUUUCGCCGGCACUAAGCAGCAGGAGAUCGCUGUGGCGAAGGGAAAGGUGUUGGAACUGCUCAGACCUGAUGUGAAUACCGGCAAAAUCCAUACAUUGCUUUCGGUCGAAGUGUUUGGUGUCAUCCGAUCGAUGCUCACCUUUCGGCUGACGGGCGGCUCUAAAGACUAUUUGGUGAUCGGAUCCGAUUCCGGGCGUAUCGUUAUUCUCGAGUAUUUGCCCCAAAAGAAUGUCUUCGAUAAGGUGCAUCAGGAGACCUUUGGCAAGAGUGGUUGUCGUCGUAUAGUUCCCGGACAGUUCUUGGCUACUGAUCCCAAAGGACGGGCUGUUAUGAUAAAUAUAUUUGAAGCCAAAUAUAGUUAA